CGUCUGAUUGAGACGGCUCCCUGGGGAGACGAUCCUGCCACCAUCGAGCAGCAGCUGGUGAGCCACCGGAAGUUUCAGAGCUCCAUCAUCUCGGCRCCGGAGGUGGACCGGGCUCGAGACGAAAUGUUGAAGAUGGGAGACAAAGCGAACGCUAACGCUCUGGGCCAGGCRUGGGACAGCCUUCAGCAAAUGGCGUGCGACCGGUCCACUCAGCUGCGAGACCUCCAGCAUAUCCUCGAGGAGAUCUCGAAUGAGAUAAUGUGGGUGAACGACAGAGAGGAGGAGGAGCUGAUGUUCGACUGGGGGGACAAAAACAUCGACCAGUACAUCCCCAAGAAGCAGGAGAGCUACUCUAAACUGAUGAGAGAUCUGGAGGACAAGGAGAAGGAACUGAACAAACUGAAAACCAAAGUGGACAUCCUUCUGAAACAUAACCACCCGGCCUCUGAAAAAAUUGAGGCUUACAGGGACACUCUGCAGACUCAGUGGAGCUGGCUUCUUCAAAUUACAAAGUGCAUCGACAUACACCUGAAGGAGAACGCGGCUUACAGCCAGUUCUUCAAAGAGGUCAACGACACAAACAAGUCUUUGAAAAAAGUACACGAAAUUGUAUUAAAGAAGUUCAAAUGCGACAAGAACACAACGCUUGAGGAACUGAAGGAAAGCCUUAAAGACAUGGAGGUGGAAAAGGAGAAGAUCCUGGAUCACAAGCUGCAGGUGCAACAUUUGGUCAACAUGUCGAAGAACAUCGUGAGGCUGAAACCCAGAAACCCAGAGGAGAAGGCCAACGGCAUCAUCGUCAAGGCUCUGUGCGACUUCAAACAAGACCAGAAGGUGAUCUGUAAAGGCAACGAGGCCAUCUUAAAGGACAACAGCCAGCGCAGUAAGUGGCUCGUAGUGGGUCCGGGAGGCAUGGAUAUGUUGGUGCCCUCCGUGUGYCUGAUUGUGCCACCCCCUAAUCCGCUCAGCGUCAAUUUUGCCACCAAGAACGAGAUGUAUUACGAGUCCAUCCUGGCCAUCUGGAGUCAGAUGUACAUCAAUAUCAAGAGUCUCAUUGCCUGGAACUACUGCCUGAUGGAUAUACAAUACAUCAACUCCCUCACCUUGACCAUGUUGUCCAAGAUGCGUCCCGACGAGUAUCGACAAAUCCUCAAAAACCUGGAGACUCACUUCGAAGAGUUCAAACAGACCAGUCAAGGAUCUCAGAUGUUUGGCGUUGAUGAGAUGAAGAGCAUCGAAAACCAGUUUGUCGGAGCACAAGCCCAUUAUGACAAACUGGUGGUGGAGCUUCCUACGUAUGGUUCUUCUCAUGAGGAAAUUGAAGUAGAGGAAACUAUCGACGUAGAACAACAACAACAACAGCAACAACAACAACUGAUAUAUUUGCAGCAACAAGCUGUCGAGCAACAGCCCCAGCAGCACCURAUUAUAUUACAGCCACCACCUGAGCAACAGCACCUGUUUAUAUUACAGCAGCAGCAGCAACAAGCUGCUGCAGAAGAAGCCAUGAGGCUGAACGAGGUAAGGAGACUGAGAGAGGAAAGGAGGCUGAGAGAGGAAGAGGAAAGGAGGCUGAGAGAGGAAGAGGAAAGGAGGCUGAGAGAGGAAGAGGAAAGGAGGCUAAGAGAGGAAGAAGAAAGAAGGCUGGAAGAGGAAAGGCGGCGAGUGGAGCUUAAAAAACAGGAAAUGAAGAAAAAAGAAGCAAAGAAAGARGUGAUACUGAAAGAGGUGCCGAUCAAGAAAGAAAUGAUGGUAAACAUCAAGACCGAGCAGCGAAGGAAGUCGUCCUCCUCGUCUCUGUCCUCUUCCUCGUCUCAUCUCUUGUCAGAGCUUCAUACUCUCAGACUGAGGAUGGAGGCAGCAGAGGGUACUCUGAGUCAGUACGUUCACAUCUGCUUCGGAGACGACGGCGCCCGAGACUGUGGCCUGAAGAUCACCCAGCUGGAGUCGGUGCAACGUGACGUCGACUUGAUGCGUGUAGAUUAUCUACAUUUAAGGGAGCGCAUUUCGAAGGUUUUGGACAGCAUGAGCGAUUCAGACAAAGCCCAGUUCCUACGCAACGAGAUUGGCGUAAUCAACCAGAGACUGGGGGGUCUGGAAAGCAGCUCAUCGGCUUACGUUCAACGGCUUCGAGCUCUAAGGGACAUGCUGGAGAGCAUAGCUCGAGCUGAGGACAUUGUGAAAGUUCACGAGGCAAGACUGACCGAAAAAGAGACCACUUCUCUGUCUCCAGCUGAAGUCAACGAAUACAUGGCGACCCUUAAGACCAUCAAAUCAGAGCUGGAUCAGAGGAAAGAUGUUCUGAUCUCCAUGGAGUCCGAGCUGUCAAAGGCRAACCACUGGAACAGCCAGGUGGGCGGCUCCACCCACAGGUGUGACUUGAUGCUGUCGAAAUACACCGAACAGGUGGGCUUGCUGUCCAACCGCUGGAGACGAAUCCACGACCAGAUCGACACCAGACUACAGGACCUGCAGUUGUACGUGCCUCAGCUGCAACAUUACAAGCAAACCAGCACCUCGCUCACCGAAUGGAUCGAUAAGACUCGGAAAAAACAGGACACCCUGCAGGCCACCAAGAUAGACAAUGUCCAAGCUCUGAAAGACCACAUUGGCAAUCAAAAGGCUCUGAACACCGAAAUCAAAGCAAAGAGGGAGACGGUAGAAAGUGUGCUGAGAGACAAUGAGACAUGCGUAAAUGCCAUCAAGGACUAUGAAACCGACCUUGCCUCUUACACCUCUGGCUUAGAAACUUUACUUAACAUCCCCAUCAAGAGAACGAUGCUGAGGUCCCCAUCAAUGGAUCUUAACCAAGAGGCUACACUACUGCAGACUCGCUACAUGGAGUUGUUCACGCUCUCUGACGACUACUACAAGUUCUUGGGCCAGUUGCUCAAAAACAUGGAGGAGCUCAAGAUGCGCAACACCCAGAUUGACCUGCUCGAAGAGGAACUUCGCCUGCUGAAAGACGACAUGCAGGACCGCAACGCCAAAAACAAAUCACUGGAAGACGCUCUCGCUCGGUACCAGCUGGAGCUGUCCCAGUCCAAGGACCAGCUGCUGUCACUGGAAGAGGUGAAGCAGAGCACGGUGAUGCAGUGCAGCGCCACCAAGGACAGCCUGAACUCCACUCAGAGUCAGCUGGCGGACCUCAACGACGAGGUGGCGCGUCUCAAGUACCUUCUGGGGGAAGAAAAACGGAAGACAAAGCUGGCAGAAGAGCGCUACACAAAGCAGCAAGAAGAGUAUGAGUUGGUGCUGAGGAAGAGGCAGACGGAGCUGGAGACAGUCAGCUGGUCCAAGGUGGAGGUGGAGAAGACUGUGACAAGUAAGGAGCUUGAGAUUGAGCAGCUGCGGCGGCAGCUGAAUGAGGAGACAGCAAGGGUCAUGGAGCUACAGAAAGAUAUUUCAAAGGUAAGGAGUCAUUUCAGUAAGGAGAUCAAUAACUUAAAGCUCAGCUACGAAUCCCACAUCCAGAGCAGUCGCACAGAUAUUCAGAGGCUGGCAACACAGAGGGAUGAUGAUAUAGCUGAGCUCCAGCUGCAGUAUGACAGGAUGGAGGCAGAGAGGAGGAGUCUGGAGGAAGAACUCAGGAGGCUCAGGAUUUCCAUCAAACAGACUGAGGACCUCAAGAAAAAGGCCGAGGAUGAGGCUUGCAGUCAGCGGGCCUUGCUCAUAGAAGAAGGACGCAGGAGGAGAGAAAUGGAAAGUCAAAUGGAGUUACUGAUAAGUCAGAGGGAUGAGGAAAUCAACCAGUACAGAGAGGAGCUAACAGAAGUCAUGAAGACCCUGCAAGAGAGAAGUGACCAACUAAUUUAUGUUAAUCACAGUUUAGAGGAGGAGACCCGCAGGAGAGAAAUCACAGAGGAAGGGCAGGCCGUGCUUGAGCAGUCUUUAGCAGCGGUGCAGGUGAAACUAACCAACUCCUCAGUGGCUGCAACCCAGCUGAAAGAGUACGAGGUGGAUCUCCAGCAGGCACAUCUACAGCUGGAAAGAGAAGGCAAAGAGCGGUACAGAGUAGAGCAAAACCUGUGCAGGUUACAGGGACGGGUCAAAGACCUGCAGGCUGUGAGGGAUAGUCUCGAGAGUCAGGUGGAGAAUCUGAGGCAGACUCACCAAGAGGAGGUGAGCAGGAGAAUACAGGUGGAGACAGAGCUGGAAAAGACCAACGUGACUGUAAAAGAAUACACAAGUACCAUCGCCCAGCUGCGCCAGAACCAGGAACAAGUCAGCACGUCAGCGAAGAGACGGGAAGAGGAGCAUCUUAAAUUGAAGGAAGAGCUUGAGAAAAGCUUAAAACAAAACCAGAAUAAUGCAGAGCUGAACACUCAGCUGAGUGUCGAACUGAACACACUGAAGCAGCAACUUCUGCAGGAGCAGGUCCGAGUCAAAGAGGCAACUCUCAGAAACGAGGGUCUUUACAAGACUGUUGAAGAGAAGAGUACGGCACUUAACAAGAACACUGCUGAACUCCAGAAGCUGAAGGAAAUGGUAGAAAAACAAACCAAAGAAAGGUUGAGGCUGGAGGAAGAUCUGAAGACAGCGCAACAAGACAAAGAAGAACUCCUUAGAUCCAAAAAGGGACUGGAUGACGAGCUCUCCUCUCAGAUUACCGCCUUGGAACUGCAGCUGCAAGCCAGCCAGCACAGCAAUGUAGACCACCGCAACCUGGUCACAGAACUCUCCUCUGAGCGCGAGAAACUGAAGCUGGAGGCAGAGAAAAUACAAAAGCAGGUCACAGAGACAAAAACAAUGAUGCACUCCCUUCAAUCCCAGUACAGUGAAAUUGUAACCGAGAGAGAUGCUCUCUUGCUGAAACUGCAGCGGUUGGAAAUGGACAGAGAACAACUCCAAAGACUAGAGGAAGAACUCAGUCGCGUAAAAUUGUCUCUGGAUUCUGAGCUUCGCAACAAGCAACGUUUCCAAGAGGAAAGCGAGAGGGUGAAGAGGGAUUUGAGUUACUGGAAGGACCAAUGUGACGGAAAACAAAGCAUGAUCAGRCAAUAUGAUACGGACAAGGAUAUUCUUGAGCGGGAAAAGAAAUCCUUGAAGAGUGAGAUAGAGAGGCUAAUGAGGGAACUCAGGGAGCUUGAGGAGAAGUAUAAAAGUAAACUGUUAAUCCUUCAGAAAGAGCARAAAGAAACAAUGAUUGUUAAACAAACCAAGGAGACUGAGCUGAAGAGUACCAGGGAGCCCCCAGCCCCCGAUGCUUCCUUCAUAAUAUUUGAUGGAGUCCGCAAGCCAGUCACAGCAAAGCAAUUACUCGAAUGCAGAGUUUUGGACAAACCAACAUUCGACCAGCUUUCAAAGGGACAUAAGACCGUUCCUGAGGUUUCCACUGAAAAAAGAGUCCCUCUAAAAGGAACAGGCCCAAUAGCUGGGGUGAUAAUUGAAGGUCCUAAAACCCCAGGGUCCAGCAGUAGACCUGUUUGUAAAAUGACAUUCACRGAGGCCAAGAAAGAAAACCUCCUUCCACCUGAUAGUGUUGACUUGCUUCUAGAUGCCCAAGCUGCUACAGGCCACAUCAUUGAUCCCAGAACUAGCCAGAAGUUGACAGUUGAAGAAGCGUGCAAUCAAGGAGUUGUUGAUGAUGAAGACAAAGAGAGAUUGCUAGCAGCGGAAGCAGCAGCUGUAGGAUACAGUGGACCUGGCACAAACAAACCACUCUCAGUGUUUCAAGCCAUGAAGAAGGGACUCAUUGACAAGAACACAACUCUGCGUCUAUUACAAGCACAGGAGUCUGUGGGUGGGGUCUUAGAUCCUGUGUUCAGUGUGUUCCUUCCCAGAGACUCAGCCACUGAGCGUAGUUUAAUUGAUGAUAACAUCUGCUAUGCUUUGAAUCAGAGGCCUGAGCUCUAUCUAGACCCAGAAACUGAGGAAGGGGUGACUUACAUGUCAAUGAAAAGGAAAUGUAAGAUUGAGCCACAUACAGGCCUUCUGCUUCUUCCUAUUCCUGAAAAGGUGGAUCCCUCUGAACUCGUUUUUGAUGGUGUUCGGAAACCUGUCACUGCCAAACAGCUGCUAGACUGCGGCGUCCUUGAAAAGCCAACAUUUAAAGAUCURGAAAAUGGAAAGAAAACUGUUCCUGAGGUGUCGGUCGACAAAAACAUCAAUCUGAAAGGCACUGGGCCCAUUGCUGGUGUUAUAGUAGGAAAGCAAGGUAAAAUGUCUUUAGCUGAAGCCAAGAAACAAAUGCUAAUGCCUGAAGAAAGUGCAGAUUUGCUACUAGAGGCUCAGGCUGCCACAGGUCACAUCAUUGAYCCCAAAGCCAACCAGAAACUGAUCGUAGAUGAAGCCUGUGCCAAAGGUGUGGUGGACAUUAAUGAUCGGGAUAGACUACUUGAGGCAGAGGCUGCAGCAAUUGGCUACAAGGACCCUAACGUAGCCAAGCCUACCUCAGUGUUUCAGGCAAUGAAGAAAAGAAUUAUUGAUGAGGAAACUGGGUUGCGCCUGCUUCAAGCACAGAAAUCGGUUGGAGGAAUUCUWGAUCCAAAUCUGAGUGUAUUUCUUCCUGAAGACACGGCAAUGAAGCGCAAUCUUUUAGAUAAAAAUAUCAGCAAAGCUUUAAGUCAGAACCCAGAAUGUUACAUCGACCCAGACACAGAGAAAAAUGCCAGUUAUGGAGAUUUGAAGAAAAAAUGCAAAAUUGAACCUCAUACUGGUUUGCUACUUCUACCCAUCGCUGAAAAGUUGGAUCCCUCCAAACUAAUCUUUGAUGGUGUAAGAAAGCCUGUCACAGCAAAGCAAUUACUUGACUGUGACGUCAUCGACAAACCAACAUUUAAUCAACUGAUAAAAGGGGAGAAAACUGUCCCAGAGGUGUCUGUGGAUAAAAAGAUUCCUUUAAAAGGAACUGGAUCAAUUGCUGGACUGGUGGUUGGACCUUUAGGAAAACUGUCUUUAUCAGAUGCCAAGAAACAGAUGCUGGUGUCUCCAGAAAGUGCAGAUAAACUGCUAGAAGCUCAGGCUGCCACUGGUCACAUCAUUGACCCCACAUCCAAUAAGAAACUGACUGUAGAUGAAGCAUGUGCCAAGGGAGUGGUGGAAAAAUGUGACAAAGACAAACUUUUAGCAGCUGAAGCUGCUGCUGUUGGUUAUCCAGACCCUYGCACUGGUAAAAAGCUAUCAGUGUUUGAAGCAAUGAAGAAGGGAAUAGUUGACAAAAAGACCUGUGUCAGUUUGCUACAGGCCCAAGAGUCUGCUGGAGGUAUUCUAGAUCCAAAUCUCAGUGUUUUCCUCCCAAGAGACACUGCUAUCAAACGUAACCUUUUGGACCGAGACAUCUGUCGUGAAUUGGACAAGAAUCCUGAGUGUUACCUCGAUCCAGACACUGAUCGUGACGCAAACUAUGAAACRUUGAAGAAAAAGUGCAAAACAGAGCCUCACACAGGUCUGCUACUUUUGCCUAUUGCUGAAGGGAAAGAUCCUUCCAAAUUAUUGUUUGAUGGUGUUCGCAAACCAGUUUCUGCAAAGGAUUUGCUGGAAUGUGAUGUUCUUGACAAACCRACUUUCAACCAGUUAAUUAGAGGACAGAAAACUCUUCCAGAAGUGUCUGAAGAUAAAAAGACCCCAUUAAAGGGAAAAGGAUCAAUUGCAGGACUAGCUGCUGGACCUUCAGGCAAAUUGCCCUUCUCAGAUGCCAAGAAACAGAUGCUGGUGUCUCCAGAAAGUGCAGAUAAACUGCUAGAAGCUCAGGCUGCCACUGGUCACAUUAUUGACCCCACAUCCAAUAAAAAACUAACUGUAGAAGAAGCAUGCGCAAAGGGAGUGGUGGAUAAAUGUGACAAAGACAAACUUUUGGCAGCUGAAGCUGCUGCUGUUGGUGCUAUCAAACGUAACCUUUUGGAUCAAGACAUCUGUCGUGAACUGGACAAGAAUCCUGAGUGUUACGUCGAUCCAGACACUGAUCAUGACGCAAACUAUGAAACAUUGAAGAAAAAAUGUAAAACAGAGCCUCACACAGGUCUGCUACUUUUGCCUAUUGCUGAAGGGAAAGAUCCUUCCAAAUUGAUGUUUGAUGGUGUUCGCAAACCAGUUUCUGCAAARGAUUUGCUGGAAUGUGAUGUUCUUGACAAACCAACUUUCAACCAGUUGAUUAAAGGACAGAAGACUGAGAAAGAUGUGUCUGUCGAUAAAAAGAUCAUUCUAAAAGGCACGGGAUCAAUUGCCGGAGUGGCAGCUGGACCUUCAGGAAAACUGUCCCUAUCAGAUGCCAAGAAAAAGAUGCUGGUGUCUCCAGAAAGUGCAGAUAAACUGCUAGAAGCUCAGGCUGCCACUGGUCACAUCAUUGACCCCACGUCCAAUAUGAAACUGACUGUAGAAGAAGCAUGUGCAAAGGGAGUGGUGGAUAAAUGUGACAAAGACAAACUUUUGGCAGCUGAAGCUGCUGCUGUUGGUUAUCCAGACCCUCGCACUGGUMAAAAGCUCUCAGUGUUUGAAGCAAUGAAGAAGGGAAUCGUCGAUAAAAAGACUUGUGUCCAUUUGCUCCAGGCUCAGGAGUCUGCUGGAGGUAUUCUAGAUCCAAACCUCAGUGUAUUCCUCCCAAGASACGCUGCUAUCAAACGUAAUCUUUUAGACCGAGACAUCUGUCGUGAAUUGGACAAGAAUCCUGAGUGCUAUCUUGAUCCAGACACUGAAYGUGACACCAGCUAUGGGACAUUGAAGAAAAAAUGUAAAACAGAGCCUCAAACAUGUCUUCUUCUCUUGCCAGUUGCUGAAGGAAAAGAUCYUUCCAAAUUAAUGUUUGAUGGUGUUCGCAAACCAGUCUCUGCAAAGGAUUUAUUGGAAUGUGGUGCUCUUGACAGACUGACAUUUAACCAGCUGAUUAAAGGACAGAAAACAGAAACAGAGGUGUCUGUGGAUAAAAAGGCCUUUCUAAAAGGAACAGGAUCAAUUGCCGGAGUAGCAGCUGGAUCUUCAGGAAAACUAUCUUUAUCAGAUGCCAAGAAACAGAUGCUGGUGUCUCCAGAAAGUGCAGGUAAACUGCUAGAAGCUCAGGCUGCCACUGGUUACAUCAUUGACCCCACAUCCAAUAAGAAACUKACUGUAGAAGAAGCAUGUGCCAAGGGAGUGGUGGAAAAAUGUGACAAAGAGAAACUUUUAGCAGCUGAAGCUGCUGCUGUUGGUUAUCCAGACCCUCGCACUGGUCAAAAGCUCUCAGUAUUUGAAGCAAUGAAGAAGGGAAUAGUCGACAAAAAGACCUGUGUCAGUUUGCUACAGGCCCAAGAGUCUGCUGGAGGUAUUCUAGAUCCGGAUCUCAGUGUUUUUCUCCCAAGAGACGCUGCUAUUAAACGUAACCUUUUGGACCGAGACAUCUGUCGUGAAUUGGACAAGAAUCCUGAGUGCUAUCUUGAUCCAGACACUGAACGUGACACCAGCUAUGGAACAUUGAAGAAAAAAUGCAAAACAGAGCCUCAAACUUGUCUUCUUCUCUUGCCAAUUGCUGAAGGGAAAGAUCCUUCCAAAUUGAUCUUUGACGGUAUUCGCAAACCAGUCUCUGCAAAGGAUUUAUUGGAAUGUGGUGCUCUUGACAGACUGACAUUUAACCAGCUGAUUAAAGGACAGAAAACAGAUAAAGAGGUGAGUGUGGAUAAAAAGGCCUUCCUAAAGGGAACUGGAUCAAUUGCUGGAGUGGCAGCUGGACCUUCRGGAAAACUAUCUUUAUCAGAUGCCAAGAAACAGAUGGUGGUGUCCUCAGAAAGUGCAGAUAAACUGCUAGAAGCUCAGGCUGCCACUGGUCACAUCAUUGACCCCACAUCYAAYAAGAAACUGACUGUAGAAGAAGCAUGUGCAAAGGGAGUGGUGGAUAAAUGCGACAAAGACAAAUUUUUAGCAGCCGAAGCUGCUGCUGUUGGUUAUCCAGAUCCUCGCACUAGUCAAAAGCUUUCAGUGUUUGAAGCAAUGAAGAAGGGAAUGGUCGACAAAAAGACUUGUGUCAGUUUGCUACAAGCCCAAGAGUCUGCUGGAGGUAUUCUAGAUCCAAAUCUCAGUGUUUUCCUCCCAAGAGACACUGCUAUCAAACGUAACCUUUUGGAUCGAGACAUCUGUCAUGAACUGGACAAGAACCCUGGUUGUUACCUUGAUCCAGACACUGAUCGUGACACAAAUUAUGGAGCAUUAAAGAAAAAGUGCAAGACAGAGCCUCACACAGGUCUGCUUCUUUUGCCAGUUGUUGAAAGGAAAGAUCCUUCCAAAUUGAUGUUUGAUUGUGUUCAAAAGAAGGUGUCAGCACAGCAGCUCCUGGAGUGUGGUGUUCUUGACAAACAAACAUUUAAUAAGCUUUUAAAAGGGCAGAAAACCAUCCAAGAGGUGUCAGUGGAUAAAAAGGUCUAUCUGAAAGGGACUGGACCMAUUUCUGGGGUUGUUGUAGGCCGUCAAGGUAAUAUUUCCUUAUUAGACGCCAAGAAACAGAAGAUCAUAUCCGAUGAAUGUGCAGAUUUACUACUAGAAGCUCAGGCUGCCACAGGUUAUAUCAUUGAUCCUAAAAGUAACCAGAGACUGACAAUACAAGAAGCAUGUAUCAAAGGAGUGCUGGAUUCCAAAGACAAAAAACGAUUGUUGACAGCUGAGUGUGCCACAGUUGGCUUUAAGGACCCUUCUUCGGGCAACCUAAUUUCAGUCUUUGAAGCAAUGAAAAAAGGAAUUGUUGAUGAAAAGACUGGCUUACGUCAUCUGCAGGCCCAGGACUCUGUGGGAGGAAUUUUGGAUCCUAAUCUUGGUGUCUUCCUACCAAAAGACAUGGCUAUUAAGCGCAACCUUUUAGAUGAAAAACUUCUGCUUUCUCUAAAACAGAACCCUACUUGUUACAUCGACCCUGAAACUGAGCAUAAUAUCAGCUAUGGAGCAUUGAAGGCCAGAUGCAACACAAACACUCAAACAAGUCUACACAUUCUACCAGUAUCAACAAAGGUUGACUCCUCCAAAUUACUGUUUGAUGGUGUACGAAYAACAGUCUCAGCUCAGCAGCUGCUUGAUUGUGGAGUUCUGGACAAUCGAGCAUUCAACUAUCUAAUAAGAGGGGAGAAAACUGUCUCAGAAGUUGCUGUUGACAUAAAAGUCUUUCUGAAGGGGACGGGAUCAAUUGCCGGUGUUGCAGCCGGACCUUUAGAAAAAAUGUCUUUCACCGAGGCAAAGAAACAGAAAAUUAUGUCACCUGACAGCACUAAAAUGCUUCUUCUGGCCCAAGCAGCCACAGGCCACAUUAUUGACCCCAGAACUAACCAGAAACUUUCAGUAAAAGAUGCAUGUGCCAGAGGAAUAGUGGAUAAGGAGGAUGAAUCAAUGUUGCUUGCAGCUGAGUCUGCUGCAGUAGGUUUCAAAGAUCCACAYAGUAACAAACUUUUGUCAGCUGGCCAAGCAAUGAAGAAGGGUCUAAUUGACAAAGAAACAGCUCUUCGAGUACUUCAGGCUCAAGAGUCUGUUGGUGGACUUCUGGACCCUACCCUUGGUGUGUUCUUACCAAUAAGCAUUGCAAAGAAUCGGGAUCUCAUUGAUGAGGACCUACAACAAGCCUUGAAGCAGUCUCCUGAGUGUUAUCUGGACCCAGACACCCAACAACCAACUACAUAUAUAUCACUUAAGAAAAGAUGUAAAUCUGAUUUAAGCACUGGUCUUUUGCUUCUCCCUAAACCCAAACAGCCGUUAACUAUACAAGGACUUAGACAACAGGUAUCCAUCACAGAUCUGGUUGAUGCAAAUCUGCUAAGCAAAUCCGAUGUGGACCAACUGAAUGCAGGUAAAUUGACAAGCCAGGACAUCGAAGACCGCCUGCGUUCAUACUUGAGAGGUUCCAAAUGCAUAGCAGGAGUUUAUGACGAGGCCAGUGAUAAAGUGUUGACAAUCUAUCAGGCCAUGAAAAACGGACUGCUGAGAUGCGGCACCACUCUUGAGCUUCUUGAAGCCCAAGCUGCCUCGGGUUUCAUGAUCGAUCCUGUCAAUAAUCUCUAUUUGACUGUUACUGAAGCCUACAAUAAAAGACUUUUUGGGCAAGAAUUUAAGGACAAACUACUGUCAGCAGAAAAGGCUGUAACUGGUUACAAAGUACCUGGAACAAACAAGGUUAUCUCCCUCUUUCAGGCUAUAGAGAGAGGUCUAGUUGAGAAAGGCCAUGGCAUCCGUCUAUUAGAAGCCCAGAUUGCCAGUGGUGGCAUCAUCGAUCCUGAACACAGCCAUCGUAUUGAAGUGAAUGUUGCCUACAAGCGAGGUUACUUUGAUGAAGAAAUGAACAAGAUYCUGACUGAUGAGAGUGAUGAUACCAAAGAUUUCUUUGACCCAAACACAGAGGAGAACCUAACCUACCUGGACCUUAUAAAACGGUGCAUCACAGAUAAGAAGACUGGCCUCACCCUGUUGCCCAUCAUUGACAAGAAAAAACAAGAGUCGACUCAGAAGAAUACACUGAGAAAGAGAAGGGUGAUAAUCGUGGAUCCGGAUACCGGUAAAGAGAUGACGAUACGUGAAGCAUAUGACAAAGAGUACAUUGACUAUGAAACAUACCUGGAGCUGUCGGAGCAGGAGUGUGAGUGGGAAGAGAUCACUAUUACAGCUCCAGAUGGUUCCACACGGUUCAUCAUCACUGACAGACGAUCUGGAAGACAAUAUGACAUCACAGACUUGCUUGAAAAGCGACUUAUUGAAGAAAGAGUUGUGCAGCAGUACCGCUCACGAACAAUCACCCUCACACAGUUUGCAGAUAUACUCACUGAUAGGACCAGAAAUCUACCGCUGUCUUCAUCAAGGAUAACCCCAUCAGAAACCUCAGGCACAUCAACCUUAACAUCGUCUUUAUCUGUAUCAUCAUCCAAAGGAAAACCACCAGAAAUCGCAGGCACAUCAACUGUAACAUCGUCAUCAUCAUCGUCCAAAGUAAUGUCACCAGGAACCUUUGGCACAUCAACUGUAACAUUGUCAUCAUCUAAAAUAAUAACUCCAGAAACCUCAGGCACAUCAUCUGUAACAUCAUCAUCAUCGUCCAAAGUAAUGUCACCAGGAACCUCAGGCACAUCAACUGUAACAUUGUCAUCAUCUAAAAUAAUAACUCCAGAAAACUCAGGCACAUCAUCUGUAACAUCGUCAUCAUCAUCGUCCAAAGUAAUGUCACCAGGAACCUCAGGCACAUCAUCUGUAACAUCGUCAACAUCAAUUUCCAAAACAUCAAGAUCUUCAAGUACGUCUUCAGUGACAAAAUCAUCUUCAAGAACAUUGGAAACCUCUGUUCCUGCAUCACUGGCAUCAUCGUCCUUGUCCUCUUCCACAUCAACAAUUGCGUCAAGACCCUUAACACCUACUUUUACCAAAACAACUACAACCAAAACAACUACUAUCACAGAGCUAAGCUCCACAGCCAGGAAUGUCAAUGUUCCAGGGUCUUCUGACUCCCUUAAGCAGAUGUCCAGUGUGUCCAUCGCUUUGUCCUCUCCUCUCGACGCAGUGGGUGAAGUUGAACCAGUGGGAGCCAUUUUUGAUACCGACACUUUAGAGAAGAUUUCCAUCACAGAGGCUUYAAAUCGUGGUCUAGUGGAUUCUAUCACUGCCCAGAGAUUGCUUGAGGCCCAAGCUUGCACUGGAGGAAUAAUCAAUCCCACAAACGGCCAAAGACUUAGUACCCAAGAGGCUUCCCGCCUGGGCAUAAUAACUGAAGCCAUGGCCAACAAUCUCAAGCCUGCCCAAAAAGCUUACAAUGGUUUUGAGGAUGUAAAAACCAAGAGGAAGAUGUCUGUGGCCGAAGCCAUGAGGGAAAUGUGGCUCCCGUAUGACGCAGGGCAGAGAUUCAUGGAGUUUCAGGCUGUAACAGGUGGACUCUAUGACCCAGAUAAAGGUUGUAGAAAGAGCAUAGAGGAUUCUCUAAAAAUGGGCUGGCUGGAUGCGAGAACGGCACUGAAGCUCCAAGAUGUCAACCACCACACAAAAAUCCUGACGUGUCCCAAAAGCAAACUGAAAAUCUCUUACAAAGAGGCCCUAGAUAACUGCCUGGUAGAAGGAGACACUGGGUUGAGAAUGCUCCAAGCAUCAUCUGUGUCCUCCAGAGGGAUUAGUAGUCCAUAUAAUGUGUCUUCAGCACCCGGAUCCUCCUCAGGUUCUAGGAGUGGCUCACAACGGGGCUCCCGCAGAGGCAGCCUGGAUCUGGGCUCCCCACUAACUCAACACUACAGUUUUAGCAGCUACACCACCUCCUUUUCUUCGACCAAAUAAACCUGAAAAAGACGUGCUUGAACUGUUCUUACAUCUCGGUUUGAUUUACAACAAUAAUCCUGAUGUGCAGAAAUGUUCUCUUUGUGUGCUCACAGAGAAAUUACUUUUAUUUCACUUUUAUCUUCUUAGAUGUGUGCUUUGGUGUUUCUGUCCUUUAAGAGGUGUAGUCAUGAUGAAGAUAUUUUUUACAACAAUUAAAAUAGUAUUAAAGCCACAACAAGGUAUUUGGAUUAGUAAUAAAUAUUUUUCAGUGUUCUUCAAUUAGGCUUGAAAUUGCAAUUUUUCUUAUUUGCAUAUAGUGUUUCACAAAAGUUUUAUCCAAAGUGUCAUUAAAUGCUCUUUACAAUUUGAUCUGGAUAACACAAAGCUCUUGUUUUUAUUCGUUUUAUGAUAUCUGUGUUUGUUUUCUGGGAUAAAAGAUAGUAAUUUUGGUGAUUUUAUUGGCUUCGUGUCUUUUAAAGUUUUUUUUUCUGGUAUAGGCUUAUGGUUUGUAAUGGUUUUUCAUCAAUAAAGUGAUUUUCCUCUUUA